AUGACCUGAGGGCGGGAACGCUGACAGCGCCUGACAGAACCGUGCUCUUUUUUACAACGUUCUAAAACAGUUGGCGCGAAAUACUUGAGGUGUUACGUGAAGCUUCCAUUUAUACUCAAAAGAGUAACAAUGUCAAUCCAGGCCUUUUCCUUCCCUGUGCCUGAGACCAGAUUUUUUCAGGCUGGACAACAAGUCUUCAAAUUCAAGAUCAGAAGAGGAGACAUGAGCAGCGUUCAUGAGGAAGAAAUGCUGUAUGGAGCGCUAGUCAGUGAGGAGCUGGAGAAUGCUGUGCGUGCGGUACUUGCAAACCUGGAUGGUCUUCACCCCUUCACCACCCAGCAUUUCAACAUUUUUCCCUACAAAAGUAAAUGGGAACAAGUGUCCAAAAUGAAGUUCAUGAAAGAGGGUGUAAAACUGUCUCCGUACCCCUUCCUUAUCACGCUGUAUGUGGAGUAUCGUGAACCAGCCUUUCCAUAUGCAGCAGUGAAAAAUACCAAUGCCUGGAACACACCGGAGAAACAGUCUAUAUUGAAAAGUCCACUGUGUACUAGUGAGCCAAUGAGGACCGACCAAUCUACUGCAAUGGAUCAUCCAGAAGAGGGCACUAUGAACCAACACAAAUAUACUAAGCAAAACCCAGUGUGCUUUCAGGAGUCCCCUUCCUCGGCCAGUGGUGCAGAAGAGAUGGUUUGUGGCAGUAAGGUUCAUGCUGAUUCACAUGUGACUUGUCUUCCAGCACCAAAUGUGCAUGAUGCUGCCCCUGAAAGUCCUGACCCAAAUUCAACAGCUGGACAGAACACUGGGAUCAUCACUAGAAUGGCCAGCUCGCUGUUCCCCUUCUCUCUGUUCUUCCGUAAGAGUCCUGCAAAUUAAAAAAUCCAAACCAUCGCUCCUUUACACUUACAGAGAAGAAAGAAAAAGCUGUUUACAUUUUAAGCUUCUUCAAGGUUUUCAAUAGCACUUGGUUCGUUUGUGCUGUUGGUGCAUUCUGUUUGUGUAAUUCUUCAAAACGUUUCGUUUUAACUGUGUUCGUAUGAGAGUUUCAAAUAUAUACUAAUAUUUUAAACGGUUGCUUUGGGUGAAAAUUCCUUUUGCUGCAUGUCACCAUCAGUAAGCCUGAAAUUACAUUGUAUGUUCUUUUAUGUGCAUUCACCUGAAUAGGGUCGUUAGAACAGCGAGUUUUGUUGGCUUUU